CGGCAAUUGCCGACCCUGUACUCGACGGUUGAUCCAGUCAACGGUUCUAUCAUGAAUUCUCACCAACUGAAUCAUGCCCAGCGACCAUAUGCUGCGCAGCUUCACCAAUGACCACCAAGUCCACCAAACGCCCUAAACUUUUCCCUCUCUUCACAACUCCUGCUCUAAAGUUCAAAUUCAUUCGUUUCAGUCUUGUCCAUUCAUCGAAGCAAAAAUCGCCUUCAAGAACUUACCCGCCCAAGCCGGAUUCGCCUACGAAGACACCGGAGUUGUCGCCAGGGACUGUUCUCGGCCGUGGGUUGGAAUACACGUUGGUGCGACCUCUGGGGAAUGGGGGGUUCUCAACAGUUUGGUUGGCCCAGACGGAUAAAGAGGACGUUGUCGACGACGACGCAUCCUUCCAUACGGCCUUGACAUAUCUCUCGCCGCCAGCAUCGAACCUGGUUGCCAUCAAGGUCCUCACAACAGCAGGCGAACGGACUCGUGAACUGUCGAAGCAUCUCAGACUGGAUCACCCGCCAGACCAGCUCGUCAAAUUGCUCGACCAUUUCACCUUUUCCAACCGUAACGAGCGACAGUCUACAGAGAACCCGGGGAAACGAAGUAGACGGGUCUCCUUUCCCUCCGCACUUCCUGCUCGGCACAACUUACCCAUACCUGCUCCACUACCCUCAACAUGUCUUGUUCUUUCCCUUCACGGUCCAACUCUCAGCGAUCUCAGGCAACACCUUUCCAGCCGCUGGCUACCGUUACCUAUUGUGAGACGCAUCACGAACGACGUCUUGGCCGCACUCGAUUUCCUUCAUUCCCAACAUCUCGUUCACGCUGACGUCCAGCCCCGAAACAUCCUCCUCUCCCUACCCGACGCCCUUUCUCUCAACUCAUCAGAGUGGAGAUUCGUCCUAGCAGACCUAGGCCACGCCGUCCAGCUUCCUCACAAACGCCACUCCUCGUCAAACGUUCAGCCGCAUGCCCUACGCGCUCCUGAAGUUAUUUUGGGUUUGAAUUGGGAUGAGAAGAUCGACGUGUGGAAUUUAGGUUGCCUGGUGUACGAGUUUGCGACCGGUGGACCACUUUUUGAUCCUUUCUUCCAGCCUACGCCAGAUUAUGAGGCUAUGACCCCUGCGCAGGUGCACCUCCUGCAGAUUAUUGAGCAGGUUGGGGAAGUACCGCAAUGGAUGAAGGAUCCUGGGACAAGGGGACGAGCCGGAGAGUUCUAUGAUUCAGAUGGAACGUUCCGUUGUCCCUUCCCGCUGCAAAUGACUUCUCUGGAGGCGAUUGUCAAGGGCGUAUGGAAGAUCCCAUCACCUGCAAGCGGUGACCGUGAGCAUUUCUGCGCUUUCUUGCGCACAAUUGUUUGUGUUGACCCGCAGAAGCGGUUGAGUGCAAGGGAGGUGCGCUUGGAGAGUUGGGUAAAGACCUCGCCUGCAUAUACCAAUCAUUUCAUACCAUCUUAAUACUGUUCUGUCGCAUUGCUUAGAUAUCUUGGUUAAGGGUAGUUUUGUAUCAAUUAUAAUGGGUUGCGGUGCUUAGUAGGGAUAUAAAUAUACCACAGAAGCUCUGAUUGAAGUGAGUCGGUGUGAGCCUGCAUCGAUGGAGAGAACAGGUCCUGCCAGCUAUGCUACGUAUACAUACUUGGUAUGGGCGAAUUCUGAGACCCUCAGUCGGAAAUGAAUCACUGAACAGAACUUGGCCGGUUGACCAAUGACCGUUGUACUGUAUACUAAAAAGUCAGUCUAUCAGAACCGAUCUUUAUU